CGGAAAUAGAGAGCCAUCACGUCGAGUCCUGAGUGUCCGCGGCGCGAACGUUGAAUUGACACUGAUUUGUCGCGUUGUGCGGGUCUGUUUGUUAGACUCACCCGGAGAAAAGAGAAAAAGCAAAGAGAAAAAAAGAACCUGUCAUUUCUACUAAUGAAUAUGCAAUAUGGAAGAGACAUGCUUGGAUUUACAGACAUUUUCUGUGAAGACAAGUAGGUUCAGAAGAGAAUUGUAAUAAUAGGAAAGGGGACAAUUCUAUACUAUGUAGUGACAUCCUUUUCAUAUAUGCCAUGGAGAAGUAUUUGGACAUAAAGGAAGAGGAUGUCGAAGGAGAGUCUGUGCACCAAAAGCAAGAGAGUCUAGACAUUAAGGAGGAGCUGAGUGACUUGUGGCCAAUAGACAUUAAAGAAGAAUUGGGGUCAACAUGUCAUAGCGGUGGUAUACACAAGUAUGACAUUUUAUGCUUUAUUAAAGAAGAAGACCUUAAAUCAGAGUCUGCCUCUCAGUGUGAGUGUUCAGAUGAAGCAAUGCCUGGAAUAGGCUUCACUUCUAGUGGGGACAUCACACCACAGAAUCAUUCUGUCCAUGUGAAGUCUGAAGUGAAAAGGACUGACCGAGAAUACUGUUCAAAUUAUUCUGGGAAAGAUUUACAAGAGAGUGGCCGCUUAUCCCUGCCUUCAGUUUCCCCAGCCUGUGCUAAAUUAAGGCCACAACAGACUCCACACAAUGAAAAUAUGAGGAAACCACCAUCUGAAACAGAGACUUUGACACCGGGCAUUUUUCAAUGUGGUCCUUUGCCUUUUGGGAAACCAACAAGGAUAGAUACGAUCUACUGUCAGAAACAGAUUCAGAAUACAAAUGUGGUCACUUUAAAUGUCUGCCCAGAGGAGGGGGCAGUUUUUAAAGGCAUAUCUAAAUACAAAAAUAACUGGAGUCAUAUGAUACAGAAGCCAUAUCGGUGUUCAGAAUGUGGCUCUCAGUUUGUAAGAAAGAGUUGUCUUCAGAGGCACACAAUGAUUCACACUGGAGAGAAGCCAUUUUCUUGUCCUGACUGUGGCAAACGAUUUUUACGAAUGAGUAAUCUUCAGAGGCACAAAAUGAGUCAUACUGGAGAAAAGCCAUUUUCUUGUCCUGACUGUGGAAAACGAUUUUUACGAAUGAGUAAUCUUCAGAGGCACAAAAUGAGUCAUACUGGAGAAAAGCCAUAUUUCUGUUCUGCCUGUGGGAAGCGUUUUGCAUCAAGUAGCAGUAUUCAGAAUCACACAAGAAUUCACACAGGAGAAAGGCCAUAUUGCUGUUCUCACUGUGGCAAACGAUUCCUACGGAUGCACUGUCUUCAGAGGCACACAAGAAUUCACACUGGAGAAAAGCCAUAUUACUGUUCUGACUGUGGCAAACCUUUUAAAACCAGUGACAGUCUUCUGACCCACAAAAGAAUUCACAGUGAAGAAAAACCUUAUUGCUGUUUUGAAUGUGGUAAACAAUUCUCACGAAUGAACAGUCUUCAGUGCCACAGAAGAAUUCAUACUGGAGAGAUGCCAUAUUCCUGUUCGGAUUGUGGCAAACUAUUUAAAACUAGUGGGUCUCUUCAGACCCAUAAAAGAAUUCACACUGGAGAAAAGCCGUUUGGCUGUUCUAAAUGUGGCAGAGAAUUCUCACGAAAUGGGACUUUAGUCUUGCACUCAAAAAUUCACACUAAAGAGAAGCCAUAUUGUUGUUCUGAGUGUGGAAAACUUUUCUCUACAAGUAGCUAUCUUCAGAAGCACUUGAAAAUUCACACUGGCCAGAAACCAUUUUGCUGUUCUGAAUGUGGUAAACGAUUUUCAUCAAGUAGCCAUCUUUAUGGACAUUCAACAGUUCACACUGGAGAGAAGCCAUAUUCCUGUUCUGAAUGUGGCAAGCAAUUCUCCAAGAACAGCAGCCUUCAGGCCCACAGAAGAAUUCACACUGGAGAAAAGCCGUAUUGCUGUUCUGAAUGUGGCAAAGGAUUUUCUAAGCGUAGCAGUCUUCAGACCCACACCAGAAUUCACACUGGAGAAAAGCCAUACUGCUGUUCUGAAUGUGGCAAACGAUUUUCCGUGAAUAGCCAUUUUCAUAACCACAGAAGAACUCACACUGGGGAGAAGCCAUAUUGUUGUUUAGACUGUGGCAAACGAUUCACUGUCAGCAGUAGUCUUCAGUCCCACACAAGAAUUCACACUGGAGAAAAACCAUAUUGCUGUCCUGAAUGUGGGAAACGAUUCGCAAAGAAUAGCACUCUUAAUAUACACACAAGAGUUCACACAGGAGAGAAGCCAUAUUGCUGCACUGAAUGUGGAAAACGAUUCACCAUGAAUAGCAGUCUUCAGGUACACAUAAGAAUUCACACUGGAGCAAAGCCGUAUCGGUGUCCUGAAUGUGGCAAACAAUUCUCUGUGAAAAGUCAUUUUCAGACCCACAAAAGAAUUCAUACUGGGGAGAAGCCGUAUUAUUGUUCUGACUGUGGAAAACGGUUUACCACAAAUACCAGUCUUCAGAACCACACAAGGAUUCACACUGGGGAGAAGCCAUACUGCUGUUCUGACUGUGGUAAAAGAUUCUCUGGGAGGAGCACAACUCUAACCUUUCACAAAAGAAUUCACUCUGGAGAAAAGCCAUUUUCCUGUUCUGAAUGUGGAAAACAAUUCUCCAUCAGUAGCAAUCUUCAGAGUCAUGUCAAAAUUCACACUAGAGAGAAGCUGUAUUGCUGCUCUGAAUGUGGUAAACAAUUCUCUAAGAAAGGCCAUCUUUGGUUACAUAGAAGAAUUCACAUUGGGAAGAAGCCAUACUGUUGUUCUAAAUGUGGAAAACAAUUUUCCUCCAGUGGCAAGUUUCAGAUCCACACAAGGAUUCACACUGGAGAAAAGCCAUAUUGUUGUUCUGACUGUGGUAAACAGUUCUCUGAGAAAGGUGGUCUUCGGCUACAUACAAGAAUUCACACUGGGGAGAAGCCAUAUUGUUGUUCUGUAUGUGGUAAACGGUUCUCCCGUAGUAGUAGCCUUCAGACCCACCAACGCAUUCACACUGGAGAGAAAUCAUUUUGCUGUUCUGAGUGUGGCAAACAAUUCUCUACCAGUAACAGUCUUCAAACCCACAGAAGAAUUCACACUGGAGAAAAGCCAUAUUCGUGUUCUGAGUGUGGCAAACAGUUCUCGCAGAAAGGAAGCCUUCAGAUUCACAGACAUACUCAUGAUGGAGAAAAGUCAUUUUCCUGUUCCGAAUGUGGUAAACAUUACUCCACCAAUGGCAGUCUUCAGACCCACAAAAGAAUUCACACUGGAGAGAAGCCAUAUUGUUGCUUUGACUGUGGCAGACAGUUCUCGCAAAAAGGCAACCUUGAGGUCCACAAACGUAUUCACACUGGAGUGAAAUCAUUUUGGUGUUCUGAAUGUGGCAAGCAUUUCUCUACUAAUAGCAAUCUUCAUACCCACAGACGAAUCCACACUGGAGAGAAACCAUAUUGCUGUUCUGAUUGUGGCAAACAAUUCUCACAAAAAGUCAGCCUUCAGACCCACAGACGCAUUCACACAGGGGAAAAAUCAUUUAGCUGUUCUGAAUGUAGCAAACUAUUCUCCACCAGUAGAAGUCUUCAUACCCACAAAAGAAUUCACACUGGAGAGGAGCCAUGA